AUGAACUACAUAAUAAGAAUCACAUCAAGAGGAAGGUAUGUAUCGAUACCUGAGUUCAACAAAAUCAAGGAAGAGCAAGCAAAAGCCAAGGCGGAGAAAACCAUGACCAAGGAGGCAAUAGAAGAAGAUGAUUUGGCUGCUGCCCGUGCAAUAGAAAUCAUAGCAGCCGCUGCCAGCACCUCAGGAACAUUUUCAAGGACUCCCCAAGUUGAUCCAAAUCGCUCCACAAGCACCCCGCCACAAGGCACUCACCCGGGGGACAUCAUUGCUCACCUACAACAACAAUUGGAGCAACAAGAUCAUAAGUACCAGCAGCAGCAGCACCGAAUCAACAUCCAACACCAAUUUAUUUAG